UUGAGGCACUUGAGAUACUGUCAGAAACGUGCUAGUUCAGUACCAGUCACAGCCGUUUAUUUGUGAGAUUUUAUUUGAAAUAUAUACUAUUAUAAAUCUGAUUGCGUUGUAAGUUGUAAUUAUUAAAGACAUUGUAGAGUUUUAUGUUAAAUAUUUUUUUAAAAAUUAUUACGCCUAGUUAAUUAACAUUGUUGAUAUUAGGUUGUGUAUGGCCAAUGUUCUUUAAUCCUUAUAAUUAACAUUUGCAAUUGUUUAUGUUUGUUUUUUUAAACAUAAAAUUCUCCAUAAAUCAUCAUCAUAUUCCCAUCCAAAAGCAUAAACAUUUUUUUUCACAUUUACAAACUUAGACACUGAUCUUCCUUGCUAAACUUCAAUUAUCUUCGUGGUGCGUCGCCUUUCCCACCCCGCACCCCCCCCCCCUUUUUUGUGCUGUAUUUAUCAAAGCAGAAACACUAGAAAAAGCCCCUAACCCUACUUAAGUCAGGGCUCUUCACGCUUAAAUGUGUGCCCACCUCUGUAUACCACUGUAGAAGACGCAAAAUGUUACACUGCGGGUACACCUGAUUGAAUAGGCCCAUGACUUUGAUAUUAUUAGUUUAUAAUGCAACUAGACAAUGGUAGUGUUUAAGAGUAGCAAGUGUAGUGUUGACGGAUGCAUCACGAGAAGUCAAUAGCCAGACUUGGCAGUAGGUCGACACUGGAUCGCGGAGUUUUUAAAUAAGUAUACACACACAAACUUACACACACAUGUAUAUGUAGGUAUGCCUAAAUUCCAUUCAUUAACUUUUGGAUAAAUGUCACUACACACCGUGGUGACAGCUAAUGAAUAGCAAUAAAAAAGAAAAUGCUAAUAGUCGUCUCUAUUCAAUUUCAAAAUAGCUAUCAAAAUCAAAAUCAAAUGUUACAUAUUGAUUAAAAGCCAUGAAUGUGUGUAUUACACAUAUUUGACAAACCCUCACGACUCAACAAGAGAACCGUAAUAGCAUUUAACCAAAGCCAACGAUAUUGGCCUUGAUGCGUGGGUGACAAAUGCUGUGGAACGUAUAUAUACAUAUAUAUUAUUUGCUAGGUUUGAAGAAAAUAAUGUAUCCUCCUCUGGUUGUAGCAAUCUGUUGCGUACAAUAUAAGACCAAGAUUUUGUUUAAAAAAUGUGAGAUAGUUUAUUUAUUUCUAUUGUUUUUGCCAUUGAGAAACAUCAUUCCCGAUAUAUAAAGUGUUGGCCAACAAAUGUAAGCGGGCUGAAUACCAUGUCUAUUUACUUUUUUAAUCUUUACCAACGUUUUCUAAGUGUGCAGUUAUUGCUGGACAAUGUCAAGAAUCAGAAAUUAUGCUAAAUAUUUCAUCCCUUGAUUUCAAACCUUGGACUCACCCGUUUAUAAUCGUGCCAAUAACUAAAUACUGCAAAUGUUUUAUGGAGUCCAUGACCUCCCAACUUUCAGCUCGACUCCGAUGGGAAGAUUUAUUCCGAAAGUACACUAAGUUUCCCUCACAUAGCUCCUUUAUAUUGGCAUAAUCAAGACUGCACGUUGGCCUAAUGGCUGGCUCAAAGGCGCUAAUGAUCUCCUCAAGCUAAAAAAGUUAAUGGUGUUUCCAAUUGUAUGAGAGGGGGCUUUGUCUUGGUGCAACGUCCGACUUAUUGCAAACAUGUUUAACUUGAAAAUUACUAUUUAGACCAACAGCCUACGGCUAACUUGGACUACGGGUUCUUGAAAUGCAACACUUUUCCGUUUAAGACUUAGGUACUAAAAGACAUAGUGUAAAACUACCCUACCUUUCGGCUAACCCUGUUGACCUAACAAAGUUUUAGAGCUGCGUAAAAAUGUGGUACAUGUCUAUGUCUAAUAUAAAGAGUGUAAUAUUGUAAAAACAUAAUUCAUUAUUUUAAAAUUGCUUGCGAUUCUCUUGUCAUACGUGUUGAGACCAGCGCAUAAUUUUGCACAAAAUGUUCAUUUAAAAUACGAAAUAAUUAUUGAUUUAUUGUUCAAAUAUUGAUUUUUUUUUUUGUGUUCAUAAUACACAAACUAUGGACACCAGGUAAUGUUUAAUACAUAUAUAUUUAUAUAAAGAAACUUGUUAUGACAUUAUUCACAGCUUUAUUCAAUACCUUGUUUUUGUUACACUUAACAUGUUGCAGCCUAACGUAACUGGGAUUGAACCAUAUACUGCAAAAUGUAUUAAUAGAUUUCAUUCCAUAGAAAAUCAAAUAAGAAUUUCCCGUAGUCAGCUGGAGUUAAUUGCAGAUCGCUGUGUACUUAAGCUGAAGGUAAUAAAACAAACAUAUUUUUUUCAAUAUCUAUCUAUCAAUAGUCUUAAAAUAGAUAUGCAUUUUUAAUGUAUUAUUAUUAUUAAUGACUUUAAGAUACUGUAUUAUUUAUUUUUUUGUUAAAUUAAAUUUUAAAAAAAAAUGUUCAUGUAGCUUGGCAGAAACUAAACCUAAAUAAGUAACAAAUCUAAAUAAAAAAGUCAUAUCAAAAGAAUUCCUUAUCAAGAAGUAGGCCUAUUAGUUUAUGUUUAUUCUCUCGUAAUAAUAAAAAGGACCACCUUAACAAUUAAUUUUUUUAUCUUUUCUCAAACAAUGUCAAUUAUGCUUCGACUGAUUACAUGUUUGUUCAGUUUUCUGAUUUGAUAUGUAUUGUUAAAACUGAGAAACAAGUAUUUAAAAAAAUACAUUAAUUUAAGUUCAGUGGCUGGACCACUUAAAUUAUUUCUAUUGCAUUAUUUUCAUACUUCUACAAACAUUCUUUUAAGAGUAGUUAAUUAUUUCAAAUACUUAUAUGUUUUACUUGUUAUUUCAUCGUAUUAUAUUUUUAAAUUGUUUGAUGACAUGUUUUUUUUUUUUUUUUACAAUAGACAUUCCAAGACGAGUGUGAAAAUGAAACUACAAGCAUUCCUCCUAAUUAUUGCCUUAGUUGUAACUAACCUCGGUAUGUAUGUUGAAUUUAUAUUACAUGAAACGGAUAACAAAUAUUGCAUAUAUACAUAGAAAUAACAUGACGCACCUUUACAAUUUUACAAUGAAUUAAUUUUUCAUUAAUGAAUCAAUGUAGUAACUUUAAAAAAUUCCAAGAUUGAAUUAAACAGAUAUUUUAACACAUUCUUUUAGAUCUAGAACGCAUACAUCGUGUUUCACUAGGUCUCGCAAACUCUAAAAAUUAUUUGAGGAUGCCUUGCGUAAUUUAAAUGUAAUCAAUAAGUGGCGCUACUAGUGUGUGCGUCAUAGUUGUUGGCCCCAUUACUGUUUUUGCUAUCCCCAUCAACAAAAAGAUUUCUGCAUUUGGUCGAAAACGCCAACCCUCAAUAUGAAGGACAAAUAUGUGCAAUGUGGUUCGUCAUCUUUGUAUUCCCAUAUUUGUUUCUUUUUAAGUUGAAUUUUCAAUUGAAAUGCAGUAAUCAUAUUUAACUCAUUACAAAAGAUAAACUUAGAACUUAAUAAAAUAAACAUGUAAAUGACUAGAGCAGCAUGGAGUAAAAUUAUUUAUAAAGAAGGGAAAACAUUAAACGUGUUCCUAAUACAUUAAAACAAUUCACGUUCACUCUCUCGUUAUGUGAACAUUAUAUAUACACAUUUGCAUACCGUCUCACACACUCAAGGCAAUGUCUCUACUCUAGGUUUGCAAACCAUGAUGUUAUGAUUUAUUUUUGUGUGUGUAAAGGCCAUCAUGGGUGUGUUAAGUUUUCAGAAGAAAAUAAAAUGUUAUGCGUCACUUCCGACGCCAUCAAAAAGUUCGGUAACCGAUAAUCUACAGUAAAUGUUCUUUUAAUAUGUACCUAAAACUUUGUGUAAACGAAGGAAUAUUCAUACACUAAACAAUAAUUUAAAAUUUAUAGUCCAGUUUAAUUUUUUUUUAAAAUAACUUGAAAUGCAUAUAAUUAAAGGAAAUCAAACACACACAUGCAUAAAUAUCAAAUUUAAACAUUAUAAUAUACAAAUAGUAUUUUACAAUACUUUAACGUGCUUAUCAAGAUUUAAACACAUAGUAUUGGAAAUGUAUGUUCUCUCAUGAAUUAAAAAAUUAACUAUGAAAAUUAUUCCUUAGAUGUAAAGUACGCUCAAGAAAUAUCCUAUUUUAAGCUGGUUACAAAGGAGUGUUCAACCAAGUGCAAAAGUGGCUAUUUAAAACUGUUCGAUUCGUGCACUUUUAACUUUGAGAUCAGCUUUAAAGAAACUUUACCAGACGUAUCAUCUCUAAAUUUUGAGUUAAUGGAGGAUUCGAGCAACAUUUACAAUCAUGUAAGUCUUAUCUAAAUAAACUUAAGCCAAUGAUAUAGGUACAUUGAAGUACAAAAUAAUACGUUUUUAAUAGUAAUGCUAUUUACACAUUUCAGUUGAUUUCGUUGUGGUGAUGUAAAAAAAUGAAAAUUUUACUAAUUUGUAUAGUCUACUAUAUGUUUUUUCCACAGUAGUAAUGCCAGCAUUUAAAUACAGUUUAUAUUUACAGGAAUGUAGAUAUAUUUUUUUAAAAAAAUGUCUCUUAAAUUUAAUUUAAUUUGUGUAAUAAAAAAAAAAAGUAGGUGUAUUUUGAAACUUGGGUGAAAAAAUAACUGGAAAAAAAAAUAGAAAACAAAUACUCAUCUGGUGUCUACAUUUCUUUUCAGAUACUGACAUUAGACAUGAAAUCUGAUUGUGAAGGAUAUAAAGAAAACUCCGAUGUUUACUGCACAGAACUAGAUAUGAACGUGUUUAGAAUUACCAUUAAAGCGAAGGAACUUUCAAGAUAUAGUGAGGCUAAUGUAAGAGUUUACAUAACAACUCCAAAUAAACCAAACAUUUUCGGCGAUAUUCAGAAAUUUCCUAGAUUUUAUGGUAAGCUGCUUAUGAUAAAUCAAAAAAAAAAAGUCGUAAUUUAAAUACAGAUAUAGCUAUAGAUAUAUACUUAAAUAAAUAAAUAGAUCGAUAUAUAGAUAGAUAGAUAGAUAGAUACAUAGGCAGAUAGAUAGAUAGGUAGGUAGGUAGGUAGAUAGAUAGAUAGAUAGAUAGAUAGAUACAUAGGCAGAUAGAUAGAUAGGUAGGUAGGUAGGUAGAUAGAUAGAUAGAUAGAUAGAUAGAUAGAUAGAUAGAUAGAUAGAUAGAUAGAUAGAUAGAUAGAUAUAUAGAUAGAUAGAUAGAUAGAUAGAUAGAUAGAUAGAUAGAUAGAUAGAUAGAUAGAUAGAUAGAUAGAUAGAUAGAUAGAUAGAUAGAUAGAUAGAUAGAUAGAUAGAUAGAUAGAUAGAUAGAUAGAUAGAUAGAUAGAUAGAUAGAUUGAUAGAUAGAUAUUUAGAUAGAAUGAUUGAUGGUAAAUAAAAAAUGUUAUGUCUUUAAAAUGUAAAAUAAAAUUGCCACCUUUUUUUAAAACAUAGAUUCUACAGAUGCUAUUGGACGACUAAGAGUAAAUGGUAUGAGCAUUCCCUCAGAGAUGUAUUGUAAUGCAACAAUUAAAGGAAAUAAGUUAAACAUUAAUUUUGACUGCACUAGUCCUGCAAUACCAUGUUGGAUACAGAUUAAGAUAAACGAAAAUAUUGUGGUGGAAGAAAUCGAAAAUCAAGUCGUAUGGAACGAAACAUUCAAAAGCAGCUUAGCAUUAAAUUUGAGCAUAAAAUUUUCUGCAUGUAGGUUAGAUGGCAACAGCAACUAUAUAAACUGUUUAUUUCAAUCAGGUGAGUGCCAAAACAAUCGCCAAAUCAAUAUUUAUUUUAUAAUUUAUCUCCAUCCUUGUCUCUGUCUACGUCUCUCUUUUUCCCUUUCCCUCUCUCCUCUAGGUAAAUAUAUAUAUAUAUAUAUAUAUUUGUAUGUAUAUGUGUAUGUUUAUGUAUAUAUAUAUAUAUAUCAAAUCAUAAAUAUCCAGAUUUUUAUAUUUUAUUAAUAUAUAUUAACAACGUACAUUUUUUUAUUUUAAAAAGAAAUGUUCAACUUCUUUUCCAUUUCAUGCGGGAUGAGUCCAUUGCAUAUGCAAAUCAUUAAAUUAAUAGUCAAUCAUACAGUCUAUAACAGAUCAUUGCAUUCUCAGAAAUAUUUGAGAAACAUUCUGCGUAUUUUAAUCCCCUAUUUGUAAAGUGUGAGUACAAUACAAGAAGGUAGACGUGUGGUGGAAAGUUAAAAAAAAAACACAACAGAUGACUUACACGAUAGGUUUUUGUUUUGUUUUUUCAAAUGUAUUACUAGUGAGCACCUACCAUGCGUUGCAAUGCCACUAAAAGAAAGAAAGUGUCUUCGUGUUAAUUAUGAUUUUUGAACUACCUUUUGUAGCGACAAUUGUUUUUUCCUGUCCGGUACGACACGAAGAAAUUAGAAGGUUUUUCGACGGAAGAGCAGGCCCCAUGCAACUGUCUAUAUAAGAAUAAUACAUUUUCAACAUUUAAUCCACUUACUUGUAGCAAUUUAUCCACCCAUGCAAAAGCUGUGUUUUAAAAUUACAUUUAUAUAGCUUAUAUAUUAUUUAAAAACGAAUUAAAAGACCCCGGGCCCAAACGGAAUAUUGUAAAAUAGUUGUACGAAUUGAGAAACCUAUUUAUUUUUUCACACACAAUCUGAAAUGUCCAUGUUUUUAUUUGAUUCCAAUGCAUUCACCCAUGAAAAAAUACUGGUUAAAAAUUAUAAACACCAUAUAGAAAAUAUAUAAAUAUUAUCAUAAAACAAAACAAAACGAAUUUAGAGCCCCCGGUUAAUAGUGGAACAUUAUAAAAUGCUUCUAAUCAUUUGGAGCAAUAUGCGGACGUGCAGACAACAACUCACUAAAGUGUUAACGCAAUGAGAUGAAUAGUAUAGGAAUGCAUAUAGACAUUAUAUUUACAUAGCUCAUAUUAGAAAAAAAACGAUUUUGGGGACUCCGGCUUCAAACGGAAUAUUUUAAAAUGAUUGUACUAAUUUAGAAACCUUGGCGGCGAGCGCACAAUUCACCAACGUUUUAUCGCAAUCGGAUCAAUGCUGUAGGAACACAAACGGAAGUUAUGUUUUAUAUAUAUAGGCCUAUAUGUAUCGACUGUAGUAAGAUCCAAUUUUAAUAAUUUUUUUUUAGAAUUCUUACAUUCUGAAGUUGAUAACAGCUCCAAGACUCCAAUGAUACUCGGAAUUUCCAUUACUGUUUGUGUACUAUGCAUACUUUUUGUUGUUUUCAUGGUUUAUUGGUAA